AUGAUAGCAAAAAAAGUUUUUAACUCGGCAUGCCCUGCAAUUGCCUCAAUUGCAUUGAUAUUAUAUAUAACAGAGUAUACAUUUUUAAAUGUCAACGUUUUUAUUGAUUUUUUUCAAAAUAUCGAGCCUAAAAUCUACAAAGCAACAGAUCUUCAAAAUAUUGAAAUAUACGACAAUUACUCCUUACUCCAUAGAACUAUGAAUUAUCGCCGUAUCCGCGUUUGCCUCGAUACAGAUUAUGAUGGUAAUUGGAUGGAUAGGGACAGUCUAGGAUACCAACACAUCGUAUAUUCUCACUAUCAAAAAGCAAGCGUCUGCAAGAUCGGUUUGGUUUCGUACGAUAAGUUUAUUGAACCUGGUCGUCAGUACUUUGGUCCAUUGAACUUUACAGGUGUAAAUAACUCAUUAAUUUCACAUAGAAAGAUGGUAGUUGGCUGGUCUCGCCAUUUCCAGUUUGGCCAUUUCUUGCAAGAUAUGGUUUGUGGAGUCAUUUCAAUUCCAUCAGAAAUUGUUAAGGAUGCAGAGAUUUUUGUGGCCUUCCCAGAACCAAACGCUAAAGCCUUUUUCAAACUUUUAGGAUACGAUGAAGAUCACGUUCAUGGUCUUACUGAUGAGCUUAUAUUUGGACAUGAUGUUUAUAUCGCAGUUAGCGACUUUGGAAUGAACGGAUUAUUUAAAUCAUGGGUUCAGCUACGCGAAAUUGUUUACUCAGUUAAUCACUUAUACGAUAUCAAGCCAGUUAAUCAUUUCUUUAUGAACAAGAAUGUAGGAAACUGGGGAUAUGUCAAAAAUAUGAUAGAAUUAUACAACAUUACGAAGAAACUAUAUCCACAAUAUAAUUGGAUUUACCAUGAUGAUAGUAUUAUUAACAAAAAUCUCACAGAAUUUGCAAGAUUCAUGGCAUCCGUCAAAUUGUUUGUAAGUGGAGCAGGGUCAAUCGUUUUUAAUAAUUAUUUGAUGCAUAAUGAAACAGGUAUCCUCGUUGUUUCAAGAUCUCUUUGCGAUAACCCAGCAUUCCAAACUGCGCUCCAUUAUCACAUGUGGUUACUUGCUCUUGCUGGUGAAGUAGUUACUCCAAAUGGAAUUAAUAUUACGGAAAAGAAAUUUUUGGCAGGGGUACAUGAUAUAAUUCAUGCCACCUAUAAAUCCAGGUGGCCAGUUGAUAUUGAUAAUAGAACAAGAAUUCACUUUGUUUUUAAUGUAACAGACUACUUUAAGAAAGGCGAAGAGAUAUUUAGCAAUAAAACUACAGAGACGUUCAUUAAGCUUAGAUAUAAAAACAAAUCAGAUAGAUAUAGGAAACUCUUAACAAAGAAAUGGCUAUUUUCCUUAUUGUAA